CUAGAAACAAAUUCCAAGAUAAGUAAUCUCUGCAUUUUAAUGCAGAUUUGCUAUCUGUACCCGAAUCAUAUAGAUUCGAAUAUUGAUAAUUUGCAAGAAAGAAAUAGCAGAAACAAUCAGAACUGUAACUUUUGCUGAUUUGGCGAUCAGACUUAUCAAUAAUGGCAGACCAAAGGUACAAACCAAAUCCACAACAACAAAACAAGAUGGCAAUGUCGGAGAACAAUAAACACCGAGUGAAUUAUUUUAGAUUUCUCACCGAAAAAUCCAAAUUUAGGCGGCCAGACGCAAUAGAAGAAUACAAACAUAUGCAGGAUGGUGGUGAUGGAAACCAACUGCCAGCAGUUUCGAUGGUUCAAGGAAUACCAGCGACUGUCAAUCUCCCAAUCUCACAUGCCAGUUUCACACUUCAGGAUGGAACACCUAUAUACUUGGACCAGUCUCAGAUGGCAGUUGCACAGACAGAAACUAGCUCAUAUGGCUAUCCACCAAUGGUGAAGUUCCUAGAAGAGCUCCAGAUGACAUACCACCAGCCUCCUCAGGCAGCCAAGGGCAAAGAGGGAAACAAUUUACAGAUUGCCAUGACAACAGGCAGUCAGGCGGGGCUUGGGAAGGCAUUUGAGAUGUUGCUGAAGCCUGGGGAUUUUGUCCUUGUUGAAAGACCCACAAAUCAUAGAGCACUCACAGCUCUGCGAGCCUUAAAUGCUAGGAUCAUAGAAGUUGAGACUGACAAAUUUGGAAUCAUUCCCGAGUCUUUGAUGUACCAGAUGGGCCGUUGGCACCCAGCUGCAGCGCAUAGUCAGCAUUCUGAUGUUGCGAGGGUGUUGUAUACAAUGCCUACUGCGGCGGACCCUACUGGAGCCACCAUUACUGAGCAACGCAAGCUGGAGAUUUAUGAGAUAUGUCGGAAGUACAAUAUGUUGAUACUGGAGGAUGAUCCCAAUUAUUUCCUACAAUUUUCCUCUGUGCUGACCCCCAGCUAUCUCUCACUUGAUGUGGAUGGAAGAGUUCUCAGAUUUGACUCUUUUGAAAACACAAUGGGACCAGGCUACAGACUUGGUUGGGUAACAGGUCAUACUACACUAGUGGACAAGAUUGUUCAUCAUAUACAGGCUGCAGAGCAGUCCCCAAGUGCAAUAUCACAGUUGGUGCUGUAUCAGAUCCUCAACACUUGGGGUGUCUCUGGAUAUAAAGCCCAUACAGAGAGGGUUGCUGAACUACAUAAGCAGAAGAGAGACUGUAUGCUGCUAGCAGCUGAUAAGUAUCUUAGAGGUAUGGCUGAAUGGUCAGAGCCCUCUGGUGGCAUGUAUCUAUGGAUACGCAUCAACAACAUCAAGGAUUCAAGAGAGACCAUCAAAGAUAAAGGUUUAAAAAAUAAUGUGCUAGUUGUGCCAGGUAGUGUUUUCUUGGCAUUCUCUGAUGAGCAAUGUGCCUUUGUUAGAGCCAGCUUUAGCAACCUCACUCCACAGGAAAUAGACCAGGGAAUCAUGUUCCUGUCCAAUCUCAUCAAACAGGAAACAGGAUAUGGAUUAUCAAACAACCAAGUGAACAACUUCAUGGGACGAGCAAUGAAAAUGGAAAAAUUUUGAUCUCUAAACUGAAAAAUUGUGGGCAAAAUAUGGAACAGGUAUUUAAGGUUGUGUGUCAAUGUGAAACUGGGAUUAAAGGUUGUGUGUCAUUAUGAAACUGGGAUUAAAGGUUGACUCUCAUUAUGGAACCAGCAUUAAAGGUUGGUAAAAAAUUAAUGAAAUUGACACACGUCAGUGAGUGAUCUGACAAAAAUGGGAGCAACUGAGUGACACACUCUGCUGAAAAACUUUGGACCCUCUCCAUAUGAAAUGUUGAGAUAUUUUGAUAAAAAAGGUAGCAUUAGGAUUUGGCACCCUGUCGAGAAAAAACUGGUGAAAAUUUCAUGGUUGACAAAUGUAAACAAAUUUCAUCGAGACAUGUUCUGAAACACAAAAAGUGUGGAAUCGAAAAUGAAUAAAGAAAAAAGGCAUGUAGUUGGCUAGAUCUAAAUUGUAUUUUACAAAAUUAAGCCAAUCAGGCAGUUAAUUUAAAUAUUGCAAGAUACAUUUUUCACUGUAUGGGAAUUUUUGCAAUACAUAGAGUUAUGUAUAUACUAUUUACACACAUUACUGCAUUUUGGAUGUUUUUAUACAUAGGUAUAAUAUUUUCAUGGAGGCUGUAGCCUUUUUUGUGAAUGAAUUUAAAUUGUUAAAUAGUGCUGAGCCUUGUUAUGGAACUAAAGUGAAAGCCUCGGGCAACUCAUGUGACUAACAUUAUGGUUGAGUCUAAUUAUGAAACUAGAACAAAAUGUUUUUUCUUGAUAUAUUUGUAAAUAAAGGUAGUAUCAGAUCUAGCAAGCAACC